AUGCCGCUGACUGGAACCAUGUUAAACAAACCAGUGCUUUUGGAAUCCCUGAUCGUGUUCAUCAUUGUGUUGUGUGUGCACACAGUAGUUUGGGACCGGUAUUCCUGGUGUGCUAUUGCUCUUGCUGUUCAGGCUUUUUAUGUCCAAUUUAAAUGGGACCGUCUACUCCGACUGGGUGGGGCCGUAUUCCAGUUUCGGACGACAGCUAACAGUGGCUUCCUACCAGCUAGUAUGGUCAUCCCACUCCUGGGGAUUGUGAUGAAGGAGCGAUGCAAGGCUGCCGGCAUUGUGUACUUUGAACGUUUUGGCAUAGUUGUGGCCUCCACGGGCAUGGUGGUAGCCCUCUUCCUAUCUGUUAUAGCAGUUGGCAUCACAAGGCCUGUGCCAACUAAUACCUGCAUAUUUUCAGGCAUUGCUGGCAGUAUAAUCCUCUAUACCAUGAAGUAUUCUUUAACUGUUUCUGAAGUGAUAGAGGUUCUGGAAGUGCUGCUUAUUUUUGUCUACCUCAGUAUGAUCUUGCUUUAUCUAUUACCUCGAUGUUUUACUCCUGGGGAGGCAUUACUAGUCCUUGGGAGUAUAAGUUUCAUCCUCAAACAGCUCAUUAAACGCUCACUGAACAUGAUAGAGGGCAGAGGGGAUCCUGUAGACUUCGUCCUUCUAGUGGCAGUGGCUGGGGUGGUCCUUCUUGGGAUUUUCUUCACUGCUCUAUUCUUCUUCAUGGAUUCAGGAACCUGGACAUCCUCCAUGUUUUUCCACAUGAUGACAGCAGUGCUGGGACUGGGGGUCCUCAUGCCUUGGCUUUACCAUCUGAUCCAAAGGAAUCCCUUGGUCUGGCUGCUCCAGUUUCUGGUUCAGACACAGACAAGAGUUUACCUCCUUGUGUACUGGACCCUGUUGGCUGCCUCUGCGUGCAUGGUGGUUCUUUACCAGAAUUCCAAGAGAUCAUCUGAAUCUAAAAAGCACCAAGCUUCAACCAUAACCAGAAAAUAUUUCCACUUCAUCGUAGUGGCUACUUACAUCCCUGGGCUAAUUUAUGACCACCAGCUUCUCUACAUUGCUGCAGUGCUGUGUCUGGUAGUCUUUAUCCUUUUAGAGUACAUACGAUACUUCAGGAUCAAGCCAUUUGGCCAAACACUCAGGCACUUGCUCACUCUCUUUUUGGAUGAACGAGAUAGUGGACCUCUGAUCUUGACUCACAUUUACCUACUUGUUGGGAUGUCCCUUCCAGUGUGGUUGUUCCCCAGGCCUUGUGCUCCGAAAGGUACCCUGUCUGGGGCAGGAGCGUUGGUUCCCUACUCUGGGGUACUGGCAGUAGGGGUGGGAGACACAAUAGCCUCAAUUUUUGGCAGUACAAUAGGGGAAAUCAAAUGGCCUGGGACAAAGAAGACGUUUGAAGGGACAGUGACUGCCAUCUUUGCUCAGAUCAUUGCUGUGGCUCUUAUUCUGAUAUUUGAUGGCAGAGUGAACCUGAACACCAGCUAUGCCUGGAUUUUGGGGUCUAUCAGCUUAGUUUCCCUUUUGGAAGCCUACACUACCCAGAUAGACAAUCUGCUCUUACCUCUCUACCUCCAGAUACUGCUCAUGGCUUAGAGACUUUGCCAGGAACAGAGACUUCCUUUCUAGCUAGGGGUGGUAAUGAGCCAUGCAUUCCUGCUGAAAGCUCAAUAGAGCCAGUUUGGUAUGAAAUGCUAUAUUUGGUAUAGCGGGUAGAACAGCUACUUUCAGAAAAGAAAUAGUUCUUCAACUCCUAAUUUACAAUAAAAGUAAAGGCUUCUGUU